AUGGCUCGCAACAAGCGCGACACUAAGCGUAAGCUGUCGGAGCCUCGAGGCGGCAGCAGCGCGGCUGGCAAUGCGAAGCGCGCUCGUCACGACGGCCAACAGACAUCCGCGCAGCUGUACGCGGCCGAAGACGACGUGUUGGUGCUUGGAGACGGCGACUUCUCCUUCUCUCGCGGUCUGGUCAAGCACCGCGGCACCGGUCGCGGCGUGCUGGCCACGUCCUUCGACUCGGAGAGCCAAGUGCGAAAGAAGUACCCGAAUGCGCAAGAGUGCAUCGCCGCUGUCCGCUCGGCGCACGGCCUUGUGUUGCACGACGUGGACGCCACCAAGCUGCUUGAGUUGCCCCAGCAGGUCAAGACGGGCGCCGGUAUGAAGGCCGUGCCCGACUUCUUCAAGUACAUCGUCUUCAACUUCCCCCACAGUGGCCAGCAGCGCGUGCACAUUAACCGAGCCCUGCUGCUGAACUUCUUCGGGAGUGCUCGGGACCGCCUCACGGCCCACGGAGAAGCGCACGUGACGCUCAAGACGAGACCUCCCUACUCCAACUGGUUCAUCGAGGACCAGGCGAAGGACGCGGGCUUCGUGCUGAAGGAGCGGCGGAAGUUUAACAUCCGGCUGUUCCCGGGAUAUCGCCACCGUACGACGGACCCGCAGGCCAAGAAGUUCGAGCCCGACCUCUGUGUCACGUACGUGUUCGUGGUCAACCGAUCCAAGGUACGAAACCGAGUUCAAUGUGUUGAUCUUGAGACUGUGGCUUGCCUAAUGACUGACAUACUACUUGAUCACUGUUAA